AUGCACUUGUUCAGAACCAGGGCGUCCACCCUGGAAGACAUUGUUUUGUGUGCAGUGAAUAAGUGCAGCAAAUGUGGGAAAUCCUUUAACCAAAACUUUGUCCUUAGUUAUCCCUGGAGAAGUCACAUUGGAGAAAAUUGUUACUUGUGCAGUGAAUGUGCACAGUCUUUGAGCCGCAGAUCCAUCAUAGUUCGAGAACGGACAUUUCACACUGGAGAAAGGUGUUAUGAGUAUACUCAAUGUGGGAUAUCUUUUAGAUGAAAAUUUUAUCUCAUUGUACACUGGAGAGUUCACACAGGAGAAAGACCUUAUGAUUGCAGUGAGUGUGGGAACUCUUUUACUAAUAGCUUGGUGCUCAUCCUUCACCAGCGGGUACAUAAAGGGGAAAGGCCUUUUGCUUGCAGUGAAUGUGGGAAAUCUUUUACCAGUAGCUCGAUACUCAUUCUCCACCGGAGAGUUCACACAGGAAAAAGGCCUUAUGAGUGCAGUGAGUGUUGGAAAUCCUUUAGUCAUCAAUCUUACCUCACUCAACACUGGAAGGUUCAUAGUGGAAAAAGGCCUUAUGAAUGCAUUGAAUGUGGGAAAUCUUUUAUGUCUCACCAUGGCCUCCAUUAUCAUCAGAGAGUUCACACUGGAUCAAGGCCUUAUGAAUGUAGUGAAUGUGGGAAGUCUUUUACCUCUCACUCUGGCCUUCAUUAUCAUCAGAGAGUUCACACAGGAGAAAGGCCUUAUGAGUGCAGUGAGUGUGGAAAAUGUUUUACCUCCAGCUCUGCCCUGUGUUAUCAUCAGAAGACUCAUGCUGGAGAUAGGCCUUAUGAGUGCACUGUAUGUGGGAAAUGUUUUUACUCUUGUUCCACCCUCCAUUAUCAUCACAGAGUUCACACAGGAGAAAGGCCUUAUGUGUGCAGUGAAUGUGGGAAAUCUUUUUUCUCUAGCUGCAACCUCAUUAAACAUGAGAGAAUUCACACAGGAGAAAGGCCUUAUCUGUGCAGUUUAUGUGGGAAAUCCUUUAUCCAAAGAUGUUACCUUUUACACCAGAGAGUUCACACAGGAGAAAGGCCUUAUGAGUGUAAUGAAUGUGGGAAAUCUUUUACUACUUGGAGGAACCUUCAUUAUCAUCAGGGAGUUCACACUGGAGAAAGCCCUUAUGAGUGCAGUGAAUGUGGGAAAACCUUUAGGAGAGAGAGUCUUCUCUCAUUGAACACUGUGGAGUUCACACUGGAGAAAAGCCUUAUAAAUGCAGUGAAUGUGGGAAAGCUUUUUCAUCUAGGUAUGUUUUCCGUUAUCAUCAGAGAGUUCACACAGGAUUGAGGCCAUAUGAGUGUAGUGAAUGUGGGAAAUCUUUUAUUUGUAGUUCCAUUCUCCGUGAACAUCAGAGAAUUCACAGAAACCAAAGUCCUUAUGAAUGCACUGAAUGUGGGAAGUCCUUUAGAGCAAAUUCUUAUCUCACUGAACACUGUAUAAUUCAUACUGGAGAAAAGCCUUAUAAAUGCAGUGAAUGUGGGAGAUCUUUUUCGUCUAGGUCUGGCCUCCAUUAUCAUCAGAGAGUUCACACAGGAUCGAGGCCAUAUGAGGGUAGUGAAUGUGAGAAAUCUUUUCCCCAGAGCUUUGCACUCCUUCCACGUCCAUGUUGACAGAGGUGGAAGGUCUUAAUGUGUGUUGUGAAUGUGGGAAAUUGUUUACUUCUAGUUCCACCUUUUGUUCUUAUUAGAGUUCACAGGAAGAGCCUUAUUCGUGCCAGGAAUUUGGGGAAUUGUUUCCUAAAGAAUUCAUCUCAUGGGACUUCCCUGUUUGUCCUUUGGUUCAGAAUCCACCUUCCAGUGCAGGCAAUGUGGGUUCUAUCCUUGGUCGGGGAACUAAGAUCCCCCAUGCCAUGGGGCAACUAAGCCUGUGAGCCUCAACUACUGAGCCCACACAUUCUAGAGCCUGUGCACUGCAACAAAGAUCCCAUGUGCUGCAACUAAGACCCGACACUGCCAAAUAAAUAUUUAAAAAACAAAAGAAUUCACCCCAGUAUACAUGGUAGAGUUUACACUGGAGAAAGGCCUUGAAUGUGCAAGGAAAAGUGCAAUUUUCUUGUUCAGGGUAACGACAUUGGAAGAAACUGAGGAGUGGCCCAUCUGAAUUCAAUCUCAUACAUUCAGUUGUCCACAGGGGGAGAUACCCCUGAAAUUUCAGUUAUGUGGGUAGCACGUGUGGCUGUAUUGCACUUUGUAACCUGUCCAGGUCUCUUCCCAGAUUUAUGUCACUGCCCGUUUCUGUGGCUGUUUUACCUCUAUCGCCUGGCAGGUCCACACAGUGUGCAUCAGUCACCAGCUCAGUGUGCUCAGGGAAACUGACCUCUGUUCUUCUAAGUGUUGGAGCAAACCAGGAGUGGUAGCCCAGUCCGUUAGGGGUUGGUGUUCCCCCCUCUCUGACUAUGUGUACAGAAGCCUGAAGGAAUGUUGGCCCCGAGAACGUCAUAUGAAUUCAGCUGACAAUGUGCAGAGAAGGACAACAUUUUCCAAGGACAUAUUCUCUCAUGCUCAGUUUUUCCAUCUAGCAAGUCACCAACCCAAACUGUGUGCCACACAUUGUUUUGGUUUGUAUAAUAUGGAUGCCUUACUGUUUAAGGCCUAUUUUGUUUUUGGAGUUCUUUGUACUGCUAGAGGUUUUUUAUAAGGAGAUUUGGGCUCCACAGGCAUGGGCCUCAGGGAGGAUAGUACGAUUGCAAAACGUGGCUUGUCAUUUUUGGUCAAAUUUGCAUUGGUGCCAGUGAAGUUGUAGGAGAGAGGGCAGGGCUUUUUGGUCCUCAUUUGAAGCCUGGAUGCUAUGAACUUUAGGAGACUCAGACAUCACCCUCAAGAGGAGUAAGGUGUGACAAUCUCAAGUUCUUGGAACAGCAUGAAUUUUUCCCCCUGUUCAUGGGGAGUAUCACAAGAGAUGUCAGCACUGUUGAGAGGCAUCUCCCAUGGUCUUGCAAAGAGCAUGUGCUCUGAUGUCCACAAUUCCAUGGGUGACAGUCACUGGUUGUAAGACUAUAGGGGUCAGGGGAAACUGAAACUGAUACAGAAACUGUGUUAGUAGGGAGCAAAGGAGACAGCAGCCAGCUCAUUGGAAUGUGCCUCUUCUAAAAGUGCAUCCACAGAUGUCUUUGUGACAAUGACUGAUGUGCAGGAUCAGUGUGUACACAAAUCUCAGGACCUCCAGGCAUGUUUAACUUGUGUAGUUGAGGUCAUUGUCAGAGAAGAUAAUUGGAAAGUUUUGUGGAUUUUUGUAACCUCCCUGUAAUGUUCGUCUCAAGGCUGUUGCACAGGCAGAAAAAAGAAAGGUAGAGAAAAGUAGUCUAGGGAUGUGGCUCUUGUGAGCCAGCCAACAUUCCUGUUGACUGCAGUGGAAAUGUCCUUUAUUACUUGCCAAUGUUUGCUGCCACUGAGGCAGGAUUGAUCCCCAGAGGGCAUGACAGAAAGAUGGUGGACUCACUGUAGGGCUGUCAAAUCUAUUUUCCAAAACAGUGGGGCAUACAGAUUUUGUUUAUCUUGAAGUGUUUUUUUUAAAGUUUUAUUUAGGUGUAAUUUACAUGUAGUAAAGUACACACAUUUAAAGUGAAGUAUUGGAUAAGUUUUGACAUACACAUGAUACUUGUGAAAACAUCAUCACAGUCAUGGUAGUGACCAUGUCUAUCACUGUGUAUUUGCUCCAUGUUCUUUUAUAAUCUCUGUGUCCCUGCCCUUCACAGCCAUCCAAGCAACCAUUGAUUUAUUUCUCCUUGUAAUAGAUACCCUUGUGAUUUCUAUAAUUUACCUGACGGAAUCGUAAAAUGUUUACUUUUGUUUUCUCCUGGUUUUGUGUUUUAUAAUUAUUUUGAGAUUCAUCAAUGAUGUUAAAUGAGGAGCUCUUUUUUAUUUUUUUGAGUAAUAUUCUUACCAUUCGAUAUAACAGUAUUUAUCCAUUCACCUGUUUAUGGCUAUUUGGGUUAAUUCCAUGUUUUGAUGGUUGAUAAUAAACUUGUGCAAGCAUUUGUGUACAGUUCUUAAUCUGGAUAUUUGUUUCUUGUAUCUUUUGGCCAAAAAAUUAGAUUGCAGUGUUUGAACCACAAAGUUAGGUGAACGUUUAGCUUUUGAAGAAACUAACAAAUUGCUAUUUAAACAUGGUAUUUUUUCUUUUCCUUUUUUUAAAAAAUUUUUUAUUGAAAUCUAGUUGAUUUACAGUGUUGUGUAUUUUUUUGUAUUCGUACCAGCAGUUGUAUGAAGGUUCCAUUUCCUCCACAUCUUAGUGAAUAAUUAGUUGGUCGGUCGUUUUUUUUUUUUAACUCUUUUUAUGAGUUUGCUGUGCUCUCUCAGUGUUUUAAUUGAAUUUCCCUAAGGAUUCAUGGUUAGCAUCUUUUCAGAUUUAUAUUUGCUAUCUUUGGUUAAAUGUCUCAUUUUGUUUUCUGCUUUUUUUUUUUUGGCUACACUGCACAGCUUUUAGGAUCUUAGUUCCUCAAACAGGGAUUGAAUCUGGGCCCUUGCAGUGAAAGUCCUAACCAUUGGACAGCCAGGGAAUUUCCUCUUCUGCUUAUUCUUUGAUUCAUUGACGAUUUUCCUUUUCUUUAACGAGUAGGACAGUGAAACAACAAAGAUACCCAUUUUACUGCUUUAUGGAAUAAUUGCUUUCAGUACUCGAAGAACAUAUCUUGAGCUUUUUCAAUGCUUUUGUUUCACACAACGUAAUGGAGACAUGUACUUUACAGUUUCAGAUUAAUCUGCCAGGAGAAUUUACUUAGUUCUAAGUAAACUUGAUGAAUGGCACCCCUCCACCAGCCUCUUUUUUUCAGCAUUUACUAAGAAGAGUUUAUAAUUAUAUGUAUGUUUCUCAAAGAGCUGAGAGCUAAUCCAUUGAAAUGUAGUCAUCAGGAUUAAUUAGGCCUCUUUCUCUCAGUCUUUUUGGUGUCUCUCAGUCUCUUUGGAUAGGAUAGAAUCCUAGUUUUCAUAAUUACUGCCUAUCAAAUACAGCUGCACUAAUCUUGUUUACAUUUCCCAACACUUUAUAAUGUUUCAGUUCUGUGACUACUGAACUCCCAUCUUCCGUUUUCUCAUUCUCCCUUUAUUUAAAAGUUCUCCCUUUAUUUAAAAAUUUAUAUACAUAUAUAUAUAUAUAUAUAUAUAUAUAUAUAUCUCACAGGGUUUUUUGUUUGGUUUUUUGGUUGUUUUUUCAUUUUUUUUUGGCUGUGCCACACUGCAUGCUGGAUCUUAGUUCCCCAACCAGGGAUUGAACCUAUGCCCCCUGCAGUGGAAGUGUGGAUUCCUGACUACAGGGCCACCAGGGAAGUCCCUCUCAAUCUCCGUUUAAAACACCUGAUCACCUCUGCAGAAAUUACCAUGGAGUUCAACUCUUUCCUGCUGUCAGUAGUUACUGAAUAAAACGUGUUUUUCCAUUGUUGUUUUUAUCAUUUCAACUAACAUCUGGUUGUGUUUAUCUUUGACACCAUCAGUCUCAGAAGGGAACAAAGAAACAUGCUAUUUUAGUAUAGUACAGUGGCUACGUUGUUCAAAGUUGAAGCAUGUAUGUGAAUCGUCUCCAGAGUCUUGAACUAUUGGGAGUAGCAUAAAUGCAGAAUUUUAUCUCAUUGUAUUACCAAACCCAGGUUUGGCUGCUCACGGCUGAAAAGCCAAUAAUGGAGAAGGAAGUGUCAGGAGGGAAAGAUGUUUUAAUCAGAAAAUCUGGUAGUCCGGAGAGAAGGUGGACUCAUGACCCGAGACCAACUCUGAACAUUCUGGUCAGCCAUGACAGUUUUGUUUUUUUUUUUGGCCACACGUUGCAGCAUGUGGGAUUUUAGUUAAUGAGCUGGGGUCGAAUCCAUGCCCACUGCAGUGAAAGCCUGAAGUCUUGAUCACUGGACUGCCAGGGAAUUCCCAGCCAUGAUAGUUUUUAAAAGGAAAAAGGGGAAAGAAUCUCAGUGAAUCGUCAAAGCAGGAGGUUAGUUUCUGCAACUUUUCCAUUGCAUUCAGUCUGGCUGACUUCGGAUGUUACCCCUGUGGGAUCUGCCUGCAGAAUUGCUUAGGGAUCUGUCAAGGGUAGAGAACUAGUCAUUCUUUACUUAAUUCUUUUUAAUCUAGGAAAACAAUGAACAGGUCAGGCAAGGUAUGGUGUGCAUUCAGGAGAGCAUAAGUCAGGAAUUAGUUUAAAUUGUUUACUGAUCUCAUUCCUUUAAUUAGGUUCUUUCAAGGUGAGGGGGGACAGAAAUGGGCAAAUAGGAACAGGGCCAAAGAGCAGCUUUCAAUUGACGUGAUUAUUAUUUCCUUUGUGAUUGCAGGGACUUUUCUACAGUUGGGAAUUUGUAUUGUCUGUGUUAGCAUUCUCCGUAAAAACAGAAGCAGUAGGAUAUAGAGAUACAGUUCCAUAUCUGCGAGUUCUGCAUCCCAGGAUUCAGCCAACCCCAGAUGCAGAACCCCGACACCCAGAGGGCCAACUGUGCUGGGCCAUCUUAUGUAAGGUAAUUGAGCAUCUGAGGAUUCUGAUAUCCAAGUGAUGGAGGCUGGAACCAGGUCCCUGUGGAUACAUCCCCUGAGAGAUGACUAUGUUAAGAGGACAUUUAUUAUAGGAAUUGGUUAUGGAGGCUGAGAAGUCCCACAACUUGCUGUAUGCAAACUGGAGAACCAGGAAAACUGCUGGUAUCAUUUAGUGCAAGACCGAAGACCUGAGAACCAAGGGCCUGCUGGUGUAAAUCCCAGUGUGCAAAGGGUCAAGAUCCAUGAGAUCUCAUGUCUGAGGGCAGGGGAAGAUGGGCUAGUUCUGCACAGACACUAAUGGCGAGUCCAACACAUUCACCACGACAGCCUUACCGUAGACUUUCCCAUGAGACCAGAGUGCUGCUCUCAUCCAGGUGAGACAAGCACCAUAAGCACUGGCUCAUUCUGAUGACUAUGUGUGUCUCCUUUUCCUUGCUGUCUUCUAUUUUGUUCUUUUGGAUAACUUUGAUGAUAAACCCACACCAUUGUCUGACGAACACCUGUGCACUGGUGUCUUCAGGCUUCUGGCAAUUCAUCUGCUUCCUGCUCUUUGACAGUGACACACAAGUUUCUCAGUUCUGUUUUGUCUGUUGGGCAAGGAGAACAGAGGUUCCAAGUGUAGUCUCUGGGUUAUAAGUUCAUUCUAGAAGAUCUCAAUAUUUACAUAAUCAACUUUUUAUAUUUGUAGGCUCACAUUUUAUGCUGUUUACCCAACUGGGACAUUUUGAUUCAAAAUUGAAUAACGAUGAUGAUAACUGCUUCAUACUGCAUAUAGUGUAUAGAAACAUGAAUGGUAUUAAUAACUAUUUUAACAUAAUUAUAUAAAUUGUAUAGUGUUAUUCACUAGAGGUUCAAAGAAUUUUAUAAUAUAUAUAGGAAUGUUCAGGGUAGAAAACCACUGCUGAUUUGAAAUUUAUGUUGAUGCCUAGAAGAUUUAAUUUACAAAGCAUUGUAGGAAAAAAUAUGUUUCAAUGGAGAGAAAAAGACUUGAGAAUACUCUGAGUUGGAAAGGUACAUGUGGAGUUCAAAGAACAGAAGGAAGAUCUUCUGUUUAGGGUAUUGUGUGAUGGGGACAGUGGGUAGCAAAGAAGCAGAGAAAGUAGGUAUCUGAGGUUAUCUCGAGGAUUAGAAUGAACACAGUUUUUUGUCGGGGAGACGAUGGCUUUGUGAGGGAUUAGUCAAGUAGGACAAAUAAUCAUAAUUGUUUAAGAUAAAAGGUGCUAAGUAUUGAAAUGAAUUUAUUUUAUUAAACUAUAUUUUAACACCUUUUAAUGUUUGUUUCAGUUGGGAGCUUUCUAUUUGCUUUAAAAAGUUAGUAGUGAUUAUGCAUUUAUGGAAUUUAGAGUAUUCAAUGGGCAGCUUCUGGAAGUUAUGUUUUCUUUCUUUUUUUUUUUUUUUUGCGUUACGCUGACCUCUCACUGUUGUGGCCUCUCCCAUUGCGGAGCACAGGCUCCGUACGCGCAGGCUCAGUGGCCAUGGCUCACAGGCCCAGCCACUCCACGGCACGUGGGAUCUUCCUGGACCGGGGCACGAAUCCGCAUCCCCUGCAUCGGCAGGUGGACUCUCAACCACUGCACCACCAGGGAAGCCCUGGAAGUUAUGUUUUUACAAAAGUCCCUUCUAGAAAUUACUGUGAGCCAUUAGCACGUGCAGGAUACUUUCAAAUAGUUGAAUUCUCUUUGCCUGUUUAUCUCACAGCUUUAGUAACUCUAUUGCCUUUUAUUACCACUAACAGUUAUAUUAACUUAGUAAUAUACAUAUGUUAAAGUCCUAACGCCCAAGUGACUGUAUUUGUAGACAGGGCCUUUAGGGAGGUAAUUAAGGUUAAACGAGGUCAUAAGGGUGGGGCCCUAAUUCAUUAGUACUGGUUUCCUCAUAGGAGGAGUAGACACUAGGUGUAUGCCCACAGGGACAAAUAAGGCCAUUUGAGGACCCAGUAAGAAGAUGGCCUUCCCAAGCCAAAGAGAGGGGCCUCAGGAGAUACCAAACCUGUUGACACUUUCCUCUCGGACUCCCAGCCUCCAGAAGUGUGAGAAAAUAAAUUUCUAUUGUUUAAGCCAAUCCUUGUAUGGUAUUUUGUUAUGGCAGUUCUAACAGAUUAACACAAACAUCAUUAAUGUGUUCUCUUUCCCAAAUAAAUAGUGAGGCACAACAUGCAAAGAGACAGCAGAGACAAUUGGUAUAAUUCUAAAAAUGGUACAAAACUAUAAAUUAGCUUUGGGAGGGAAGGGAAUUUAAUAUGGAGUUUCCUAUUUUGCUUCCACUUGUGCUGCAAACCAAAACUUAGCUCCAAUUUGCAAAGUCCCCAAAGAAGCCCAGUAGUGAGAGUCAGACUUUAAAACUCAGAAUCACUCUUAUUUCCUGCAGUGUGUUGUGGGUUACAGCUGUAAUGGAGUAACAGGGUCUGACUUACCCUCUUGUUGUCAUCAACUGUAAAACUACAAAAUACAAGAGAAUCCAACACAUUCACAGCAACAGCGUUUUCCCUAGACUUUCCCAUGAGACCAAAGCACCAUUCUCUGGGAAAAAAGCCGUGUUCACCAUUCUCAUCCUGGUGAAUAUGCUGUCUCCUUUUACCCUGUUCUCUUCUAUUUUAUCUUUUUGGAUAAGUCUGAUUAUGAACCCACAACAUGGUCUAAUGAACACCUCUGCAAAGGUAUUUUCAGGCUUACCAAGAUUCAUCCUUUUGUUAUCUUUGGUAGUGACACUCAGCUUUCUGUUUUGCUUUGCCUUCUGGGCAAGGAGAACAAAUAUUCUAAGUGUAGCUCCUGGGCUAUAAGUUCUCUCUAGAACACCCUACCAUUUAUUUAAUCAACUUUAUAUAUUUGUAGGCUCACAAUUUAUAUCAUUUUAUCUUUCAGAAUAUUUAGAUUUGAAAUCGAAUAACAGUGAUAAUAACUGCUUCAUAUUACAUGUAGAGUAUAAAAACAGCAAAGAUACUCAUAAUUAUUCAAAACCAAUUUUCUAAAAUGAUAUACUGUUAUUCACCACAGGUCCAGGGAAUUUUAUGGUAAUAUAGAGAAUAUUCAAGAUUUAAGAGUGUAGGUUAUAACAGCACUUUAAACGUUAAACUAUGUUGACACUUAAAAGAUUUAUUUGAAUUCACAAAGCAUAGUGGGGAAAAUAGAUGUUUCAUUUGGAGAGAAAAAAAACCUGGGAAUACUCUGAGUUGUAAAGUCUCAUAUGGAAUUUAUGACUGAAGGAAGAUCAAUGUGUUUUUGGUAUAGUGUGUGAUGGGAAGAGUGAUGAGAAAAGAAGCAGAGGAAGCAGGUGAAGGCUUCUUUUGCCAGGUAUCAGAGGAUAUCUCAGUGAUCAGAAUGAUCUGAACUUUUUGUAGGGAAGAUGAUGAGUUUGUGAGGGAUUAGUCAGGUGGGAUAAUAAUCAGUGUUAUAUAUGAUAACAAGUGUAAGUAUUCAAGUGAAUUUAUUAAACUAUAUUUUUGCAUCAUUUAAUAUUUGUUUUAAUUGAAAGUUUGUGUUUGUUUGAAAUAGUUCUUAGAAGUGAUGAAUUUAUGAGCGUCCCUUGUGGUGCAGUGGUUAAGAAUCCACCUGCCAAUGCAGGGGACACAGGUUCAAGCCUUGGCCCAGGAAGAUCCCACAUGCCUCAGAGCAACUAAGCCCAUUUGCCACAACUACUUAGCCUGUGCUCUAGAGCUUGCAAACCACAACUACUGAAGCCCACGUGCCACAACUACUGAAGCCUGUUGCACCUAGAGCCCAUGCUGCACAACAAGAGAAGCUAGUGCAAUGAGAAGACUGAGCACUGCAACGAAGAGUAGCUGCUGCUCGCCACAACCAGAGAAAAGCCUGCACACAGCAACGAAGACCCAAUGCAGCCAAAAAUAAAAUAAAAUAAAAUAAGUAAAUUUUAAAAAAUAAGUGAUGCAUUUAUGGUAUUUAAUAGGCAUAUUUUGGAAAUUAUGCUUUUAUAAAGGCAAUUUCAGAAAUUACUGUGAUCUAUUGGCAAUUGGAGGAUACUUUUAAAAGUUGAAUAUUCUUUUCCUCUUUAUUACCCAGCUUUAGUAAACCACUUGCCUUUUAUUACCACUAACAUAUAUUAACAGAAUGCUUUUCAUAGGUUGAAACCCUAACCUACAAUGGGAUUGUAGUUGGACAUAGGUCAUUUAUAGAGGUAAUUAAGGAUAAGUGAGAUCAUAAGAGUGUGGCUGUAUCCCAUUAAGACUGGUUUCCUUCUGUUGACAAAAACUCAAUUAACAAUCAAGUUAAGAAGAAAAAAGUGAAUUUUAUUCAAGCCAAACUGAGGAUUAUCACCCAGGAGACAGACUCCCAGAAUCUCUGAGAUCUGUUCUGCCUUUUAGAAGUUGAAGGCACAAUUAUUUACAUUUUUCAGACAAAGGAUUGUACAAAAAAAUGACAUACUGACAUUUUACAUAAAGUUCAUAGGCCAAGUAAGCAUGUACAAAGCGAGCAGUGAGUCACCAUGACCCCCAACAGAGUUUGGAAAGAAUGCUAAUCUUUUAAGAAGUUCCAUGGCUAACAUCAGAAGAAAGGGGAAAAAAAUUGAUCUUUACAUUCAAGAAAGCAUUCCCAUCUUUGAGGAGGACUAGUUAGUGUGUGCAGUGGAAUAACUGAGGACGUGGAAAGGAGACGUGACCCAUGAGCCCCCGCCCCCCAGCAAACUGGGGGCUGGCGAAUAAGCCAGAACUGUAAACAGUCCUGAAUGCUUUGAGUUCCCCACCCCACCGGCAAAUCGGGGGCCUUCGAAUAAGCAUUGAGUGCUUCGGGCACUGAUCCAUGCGAUGUCCUCAGUAUAAUCAGAAUGGUGGGAACACAAGGAAAUGUCCUUGUGCUACUUCAGUAUAAUCAGAAUGGUGGGAACACAAGGCAAUGUCCUUGUGCUGCUUUUACGCUCAAGGACGAAGCACGGCAUGUUUUCAAGAAAGCCCAUUAUUGCUUGUAUAAUCAAUAAAAACAUAUGUUGCUGCUUUGGUAUUUCUGGAAUGUUAAGAAAACAAGUCUUAAAAUGUAAACAUAGGUAAUGCUUAAAUAAAAGCUACCACAGCAGGACAGAUGGCGCUGUUUUGCCUGAGCGAGCGGCAGCCCUCUACUGCUGUGCUUCGGCACAAUUCAUCUCGUGUGAUGAGCUUACUUUCGGCCCUGUCAUAAGAAAAACUACAACAUUUGGCGCCCGAACAGGGACCUGAAUUCCGAGGACGAGUGAAAGCUACCCGCCAUGCAACAUCGCAACAAGCUGCCGUGUUCUCCUUGAUGUUGCACAAGCUGCAAAACAAAAAGGGGGAAAUGUAGUGGAAUAACUGAGGACAUGGAAGGAGACGUGACCCAUGAACCCCCAUCCCCCACCCCCAGCAAACUGGGGGCUGGCGAAUAAGCCAGAACUUCAAGCAGUCCUGAUUGCUUUGAGCCCCACCCCCGGCAAACCGGGGGCAUGUGAAUAAGCCAGAACUGUAAACAGUCCUGAAUGCUUUGAGCCCCCCCUCCCCGGUAAACCGGGGGCCUGCGAAUAAGCAUUGAGUGCUUUGGGCACUGAUCCCAUGCGAUGUCCUCAGUAUAAUCAUAAUGGUGGGAACACAAGGCAAUGUCCUUGUGCUGCUUUUGCGCACAAGGACGAAGCACGGCAUGUUUUCAAGAAAGCCCAUUAUUGCUUGUAUAAUCAAUAAAAACAUAUGUUGCUGCUUUGGUAUUUCUGGAAUGUUAAGAAAACAAGCCUUAAAAUGUAAACAUAGAUAAUGCUUAAAUAAAAGCUACCACAGCAGGACAGACGGCGCUGUUUUGCCUGAGCGAGCGGCAGCCCUCUACUGCUGUGCUUCGGCACAAUU